GCCAGGGUGCCUCAGGGCAGGAAAGGCUUCUGCCACCCCCUGAGGACCCAGCGCCCCUCCGAGAGCCAGGGCUGCGUUGCCAGUAAGUUCUGCCGCCGCCCCGGGGAGAACCUGGGCCCUUUGUAGCAACUUGGUGCCUCCUGAGGUGCGACAGAGAAGCUGCCUUGUUGGCUGAGUGCUGAAGAGGGGGCUCUGGGCGGCUUCCCAGGACAUGCUGAUGCAGCUUGUUUCUGGGGAGAAAUCCUGACCCAAAUUCAGAGGAAGGGGAGCCGCAUUCAGUUGGGACAGGAAUACAGGCACUGCUGACUCUCAGGACCUUCUAGAAGGAGGAGCUGGGAUCCCACUUCCCAGGUUCUGCUGGAACCAGAGCCCCAGGUUGUCCAGAGAAACAUCAACUCUCCUCCCACAGGAUUAUGAUCCUCCCAACUGUGCACCAGAGACUCGGGACUAUAAUGGCAUAGAUGCCACCAAAAGAAAAGAAGGAAGGAACCAAUUUUUUGGCAGAUACGGAACUGAGUCUUUGUGAAGAAGCUGAAGGCCUUUCUGGAUCAAUAAUAACAUUUUCUGGCUGCAGAACUUCCACAUCCAUAUCAGUUGACAAAGCCCUUUGGGAAUCAUGAUGAUUUUUUUCCGAUACCAGACAUUCAGAUUCAUCUGGCUUGCCAAGCCAACUGGCCGGUACCUUCACAAAGAUCAUCAGCUUUGGGCGCCUCUGACUCUUGCUGACUUUGAAGCCAUAAAUCGCUGUGAGAAGUCACUGCCUAAGAACUUUAACUUUGCUGGGGAUGUGCUGGACCAGUGGUCCCAAAAGGAGAAGACAGGAGAGAGACCAGCCAACCCAGCCCUGUGGUGGGUGAAUGGCAAAGGGGACGAAGUGAAAUGGAGCUUUGAAGAACUGGGCUUCUUGUCCCGAAAGGCUGCCAAUGUACUCACCAAGCCCUGCGGCCUAAAGAGAGGAGACCGAGUGGCCGUGAUCCUGCCCCGUAUCCCAGAGUGGUGGCUUAUAAAUGUGGCUUGUAUGCGAACAGGGCUGGUCUUCAUGCCAGGAACAACCCAGCUGAGAGCAAAAGACAUUCUCUAUCGGCUGCGAGCAUCCAAGGCCAAGUGUAUUGUGGCCAGUGAGGAGGUGGUCCCGGCAGUGGAGUCCAUCGUGUCAGAAUGUCCCGACUUGAAGACCAAACUCUUGGUGUCUCCAUGCAGCCAGAAUGGGUGGCUCAGCUUCCAGGAAUUAUUUCAGUGAGUGUUUUCUCCUGCCUCAUCUGCAGUACCAGCGGUAACAUCAAAUGCAACUAUAUCUCAGAGUCUCCUUGCCUCCAAGGACUUAGCAAUACUGUCUGUUGAUCCAGACUCCUUCCCAUAAAAGAAUCACCUAAUAGAAGAUUUGACUUGGAGGAUGAAGGAGGGAGUCAAGGUUGAUCUGCUUUUUAACAUGGGUGACUGAAUGGGUGGGUAGUAUCAGCUGGAGAAAGAAUUUAAAGUUGGACAUAUUAAGAUUGAGGGGUCUGUGAACAUCCAAAUGUCUAGCAGGUGGUAGAUACAUGAGUCUCAGACUCAAGGACUUAAGAUACAAAUCUGGAAGUCAUCAACAUAUAAUCAGUUCUGAAAAAUGCAGAAAUAUAAAACUGAGGUGUCCAAAGAAAGUCAGUCAGACAAUGACAUCAUUAAUUGAAAAUCUCCUUAUCACCCACAGAUUAUAAUGUGUCCUCUUUUGGUAAAAGAAAAAAGAAAUUUAAAGUCUUACAUUAAAGGUUUCCACACUGGAUUGAGAAGCAUUAAAAGUAAUAGUGGUUGGGCGCCUGGGUGGCUCAGUUGGUUAAGCGACUGCCUUCAGCUCAGGUCAUGA